GAACCCUGAGAGUUCCCCCGUGAAAACUGAAAAUCCUAUCCAGACAACACAAACUGAGACAGUGAGCUUUGAAGCUCUGUCAAUCUUCUCUUCUUCUACUUCAAGACUGUAUCUUUCGUUGCUCGAAUCCUUCGGAUAAGUGGGUGAUAACAAAUAUGGCAGCUUUAUGCUUCGGCACAUCACUCCAUGUACCAAAAACUACUAAGAUACAAACCGUAGGUAGACAGAGAAAGUUAAAUGGAAUUCGCUGUGAGGCGAGGAAGUCAUUGGAGGAGCUAUAUAACAUAAAGGUGGAACAUAACGUGUCAAAGGAUAGACUGGAGAAACUAGCAGUAUCACGUUGGUCAAUGUGGAAAACAGGGAAGUGUAGGUUGUCAUGGGACUGGCAGGUGGACCAGUUGGUGUACGUCGUAGAAGGUGAAGUUAGGGUUGUUCCAGAAGGGAGCGAAGAAUACAUGAGCUUUGUAGCCGGUGAUCUUAUUCGCUACCCCAAGUGGUUUGAAGCUGACUUAUGGUUCAAUGCCCCUUACCAAGAGCUUUACAGUUUCAGAGCUUAUGGCGAUGACUAAAUCUUUUUCUUCGUUUUCUGGGUAUGUUUCUGGUCUCUCAUUUUGAUUUAAAAACUUUAUUCGAGCAUUGUAUGUUGAAUGAGCAGACUACCCAUAAUUUUAAUAUAGGACAGUCACCAUCUUAAUCAGAA